AUGGACACUUCUUCAUUUCUGCGCGCAGUGGACGAAAUGAGCGCGGAGCAAGCAUGCGCCCAGUACGGCAUAAAAUACUACACCGUCGAGGAUCUUGUGCAGGACCCCGUUAUUGGAGGCGGCGUGAAAAGCCUGUACACAAAAAACUACAUGUAG